AUGUCUGAGGAGCUAACCCAGUUAAUAGUCACCAGAGUUAAGCAAGCAGGUGUCAAAUGCUUCUUCUGCGGUACUGAGUUGGAUAUCUGGGUCUUGGGCAAACACCUGCCCGUGUGCGCCAAACUGUGUUACAAUAUCAUCAUUGAUAUGUUCCAGACUAAAGAAUCACAGGAGGAGACUCACACGUUGAGGCUGCGUAUAGAGGAGUUAGAGGGAAUCAUCAAGUCAUUAUCGCAACAACAACAACAACAACCAUUUUUUUUGUUUUUUUUUUUUUUUUUACAACAGCCACAACCAACAUCGUUGUCAUCAACACUCACGCUUCAGCAAAUGAAGACGCCAACCAAACAAGGUGCGGCAGAGAACAAUAGAGAGCUGAUGAAUAUCACACAUACCAAGAAGUUGAUGGAUGGAGAGACUAGCAAACAAACCAAGUGCUUCCUGCAUUCCAACGUUCGAGACCCAACCAAUCCCAACCGGAUUAUAGUAGAGGCGACUUGCAAUUCACCAGAGAACAAGAUCGAGAAGAAGAUCAUUGUCUACUAUGGCGACCAAAAAAUGAUGAUGUGCAGUGUUGGACAUAUUACAAACCAUACCAGGUCAAUGCCCUAUUUGAAGCUUGCUGUACCUGCGAUUGGAGAACACGAUCCAGAGAAGCCUAUCAUUGGAGAUUCUGUCCAACAUUGCCAGAACUGUUCAAAGGGUUGUUCUCGCAUCUUGAAGUGUUGCCAUCCAGACAGCACGUUUGGCGUCUUUGUAUACUUCUGUCGAUGGAACUGCCUUGUCGAGUAUCUAACCAACAAACGAGAGAAAUGGACUCAAUGGUGCGAAGCGAACACCGGUAUCUCCAGCAGGGCAACGAUAGAUAUCGACGAUAAUGCGAUGUCAACAACUACAUCACCACCCAUCCCAGCACCCAGCCCAGCAGCACCAAGCCCAGCAAUAACCAAACCAGUGUCUAAAUCAAAGGCCAAGAAAGCAGCUGCAACACCAACACCAACAACAACAACAACAACAACAACAACAACAAGGAGGAACAAUAAGAGGAAGAACAAUACCCUUGAAGAAGGUGAAGAAUAA